GCUCCACGAACACAUACAAAAAGCCAGAUCUGGGUUUCUGUAGAAACUAGAAGAACAGAUAUGGUGGGAUCUUGAUUUUCCCAGACACUCCCUCAUUUUUCCUCCCCAAAACCAAUCAAACAAAACUAGCGACAGAUCUACCCUUCCUCUUCCGCGGCCGGAUUCACGCUGGAAAUUUCCAAACAUCAACCGAUACUCCGAUAGUAGAGGGAUUGACCGAUGCCGGUAAGAGCCAGAUCUGAGCAUUUCACCAAAAGUUCACAUUUUUUUUCUCGGAAGCCAACAAAACAAAUUGAUAUAUCUGCUUUUAUCUUUUCCCGAUCAGCUUCCCUCCGUUACCCCAGAGAAUCAAAAAGUUCAUUGCCAUUCGCUGCCCCCUCAUAGAUCAAACCAAUAGAAUUAUCUCACUCUCCCCUACCUGGCGCGCCAAUUGUUUCAGCCAAGAAACAAGUAGGACGUCAGAUCUGUGAAAGGGUGGGGACGACCCCCUACAUCUACACUCCGACGAUCAACAUCAGUAUGAUGAUAGAGAAAUAGGAAGAGUUUAGGUAGAGAGAUAUUGUAGAGAGAUAAGUGAUAUGUGGAAAAUGAGUAGAAAAGAAGAGCCACCUUACUUAGAAGACCUAAGAGUAUAUUUAUAGGUCAAGCCUUGUCACCUUACAUUGGGCUUACAUUGGGUCUUUGUGGUGUUUUGUGGGCUUAGGCCCAUACGAGCUUGUGGAUUAGCGUUGUUGUUCGAGUUGGGUUGUUGUGGCAUAUUUACGGGUCCAACAAAAAGCUUUUGUCAUUCUAACGAUAGUCAUUAGUCAAAUUCAUAAUAUGAUUAUAAUAAUAAUAAGUGAUACUGGUCGCUUUGUGAUGUAUACAUUACAUAUAUUUAUGGCAUCAUAAUUACUCUGUUGACCUCUUGAAUUUUCUUGUGUACAUACCAUUAAAAUCUAGUUGCUCAAUUGAGAAAACAAAUAACUUACAGAUCCAAACUUUUUGUUCAUCCCAUAUCAUCCGGUCCUUGGUCCUAUGAAAUUUAAAAGUACUGAAGAAAAAUGGACGAAAUUUACGUUUGAACGGACCAAAUGGAUCAAGCGAACCAAAUGCAUUAUUGAUUCAAUACUUUAUCCUAAAAUAUAUUUCACUAUUUGACCGCGAUUCUCCUGAGUUUGGGCAGAUCGAGUCCCGUGCCCACCCUUACCUGUAGUCCAUGAAGCAACCCUGGAGCCCCAACUAGUACUCUUUUGAGCCCAAUGAGGUACCUUAAAUGGGCUCAAGUUGUUAUUUAUCAGACCAUUUUACAGAAAGUACAAGGCCCAAUUCGGAGCACACUCCACCCCUUCCCUCCACAAAACCCUAGGUAUAUACUACUGAAUAUUGGUCUACUGCGUUUCUCCAUUGCUGCUCCCGAUUGAAGCUCUCUUUCUGUCUCUUAUUCUGCUUCUGCGAGAAUCAACCUUCUUGAGCACUGUAAGUCGCAAGCAACGAUGCAGCCGGCUCGUGCUCCCUUUAGAUUAUGUUUGCUAAUUUUAAAUCAUAUGAUUUCUUGUGGUGGGUUCUUAUCCUUGCUAUGUUAAUGGAGAUACGCAGAGCGGCGGAAAAUGGCGACCUGCGCAGCGAUUAAGCCGACCAAGGCUGGAUUGGAUGAGCCACAAGAGCAGACUCACAAGAUCAGGAUCACACUUUCCUCCAAGAAUGUGAAGAACCUCGAAAAAGUUUGCGGGGACUUGAUUCGUGGUGCAAAGGACAAGAAGUUGAGGGUUAAGGGACCAGUGAGAAUGCCCACCAAGACUCUUCUGAUUACUACCAGGAAGUCUCCUUGUGGAGAAGGUAAAAUCAUUGGACCAUUUUUGGUUUCUUGCUACUGAAUUUAUAUUCCUUUAUAAUGUGAAUUUUAGUCAAGUCCUGAUUUCCCUGUAGUACUGCUAGGAUUAUGUAUCCAUUACAAUGAAUAGCACAGAUUGGCUCCCAUAUUAUUUAUUGGGACAUGCUACUUAUGGGUGUGAAGUAGUGAAUUGAUUGAGAUGUAGAAAUUCAUAUAUCAUGAAAAAGUAAAUGCUAGGUGGCUCUGAUGCCCUAAAUUUGUUUAGCGGGCUAGACUUCAGUUCACUUCCCUAAUGAAGCCGAUUAUGGGGGAGAUGUUGCAUUGCAUCAGUGGUGACAUGCUAUUUUGUAUCUCCACCUAGUGUUUGUUUUGAUGAAAUGUCUCUAUGUUCCAUAUUUCCUUAUAAGCUUCCAGUAUCUCAUUCAGUCCGGGAAAAUCACUAUAGGCUGGCCAACUAGUUUUGCUAUGCGUUGUGUUUCUAACACUUGGAACUAUGUUGAACUGGUUGGGUUAAAGAUCUGCUUUUGAAUUAGGUUGAUGGUGUGAUGAAUUGGUGAUUGUGAAGUGUUAAUGGUGAUGAAUUGGCUCUUACAGUAUGCAUUGUACUCACUUUUUCAGGUACCAACACGUUCGACUGAUUCGAGCUUCGUGUGCAUAAGCGCAUCAUCGACCUCUUUAGCUCCCCAGAAGUGGUGAAACAGAUCACCUCCAUUACCAUCGAGCCUGGUGUUGAGGUGGAAGUCACAAUUGCUUACGCUUAGAAAUGCUUUUUUCGGAUUCUGUUUGUCAUGGACUCCUUUUUGUUUGAGAUAUCAGUUUAGUAGAGAGGUGAUAUUUCUGUACUUCCCUUCCUGCCCAAUAUGUACAUUGAGCGGUAAAACAGUGUCUGAUUUGGUGAAACCAGUUACUUUUGGUAGACACUAGACGGAAAAUUUAUGACUUGAAUGAAAAUUUCGGAGGCUGUUUUUAUUUCUGUCACUGAUGUAUAAGUCAUUCCUAUGACUACUCGACUUUACUUCUUCUAACCAUAAAAAAUAACUUCUUUAGUUUCUUGUAAAAGAAUUCGCGCUCGACUCCAUUCAAUUUGUAGCUUGAUCAAACCUAGAUGAUAAGAUGAAGAAGUCCUUGAAUUGGAAUGUUCAUUUCUAUCAAUUAUCAACCCUAGGAUGUCUCUAAAGGGUUGGGGUGUGAGCUUGUCUCCGCCAUAAUCAACUCAGGUCUAUGCCCCCCUGCUGGACGUGAAACAAAGAGAAUAAACUUGGUGACAUCUGGCGUCGCUUGCUCUAUGACGCAUUUUGUCGAACACCUGCUCGGCCUCCUAAGCUAUUUUCCUGUCGAGCCAAUAUCCCAUGAGGUUUGCGAUGGCCAGUGAUGUUUAACUAAACCCCUAUGGAGGUGCUGAGGUUCAAGAUGGGGAAGAAGGCAAAAAAUGGAGAUUUACUGGGAUUUACGGGUGGCCGGAACAGGAGAAUCAUCAUCUUGCUUGGAACCUCAUCAGAGAUCUCCGAGAUGUCGAUAAUGAAGCCUGGAUUUGCGCGGGCGACUUCAAUCAAAUAUGCUCCAAUGUAGAGAAGGCAGGGGGAAGAGCGGUGUCCGAACAAAGGCUCAUUGGUUUU